CAAACCGAAGCCCCCAAACCCCUAUCUUCAAAAUGGUGUACAGAGCCGUGGUCAUGUAUCCGAACGAGCCGGAUACCACCUUCGACGAGGCCUACUACAAGGAGCACCACAUGGCUCUGGUUGAGCAAAUCUGGGGAAAGUACGGAAUCAAGGGCUGGUCGAUCCAGAAGUACACCAAUGCCAUGGACGGCUCGCCAUCGAAGUACUUGAUUGCUUGCACCCUCGAGUGGGAGAGCGCCGAGAGCUUGCAGAAUGCUGUGAAGGAUCCCGAAACCCCCAAGAUCUUCGAGGAUAUCCCGAAAUUCACCAACAAGCAGCCUAUCACUCUUGCUGGGGAUUCUAUCUAAGUGGACACAGAGAGUAGGUUGGAUUUGUGCUACUUCUUUUAUAGAGAGAGAUCGCUGAUUGGUGGUACCUAGGACUCUUGACGACUUCUGAAUGCUCAUACCUGGGAGAUAAUUGCUGGGAAUGAGCUUUCUAGUCAUAUCAUGAGGGAAAUGAGAGGUGGAAUGGAAUUUCUUAACGACUGAUGUAUAUAAGAUCUAGAA